AUGGACUUCCUCAAGUCUGCGGUUGCGUCAGCCAUCUCCAAGGGGCCAGCGUUUGGCUACUCGUUUGGAGACCGCGUGGAUCUUAACGACUCCAUCUGGACAUUGCACAACGGCACAAAGCGAGAAGACGGCUCAAAGUGUAGCAUAUUCGCCUUUGACAUUACUGCAAAUCGAAAUCGACUGCCCCUCGCCCGAAAUGCGCUCCGUAAACUACGCACCCUGCGCCAUCCAGGUGUCGUGAAAGUCCUGGACACAGUAGAGACAGAAACGUACAUCUAUAUCGCCACUGAAAGACUGAGUCCGUUGAGUUGGCAUGUGAAGCGGAAGAGCUUGACCGAGGAGACGACAAAAUGGGGUCUACACAAUAUCGCGAAGACGCUGAAGUUCGUCAAUGCGGACGCCUCGUCGAUACAUGGUUGUAUACGCCCGGCCUCCAUAUUUUUCAGUGAAAGCGGCGAGUGGAAACUUGGUGGUUUCGACGCACUAAGCUCUGUCAAGGAAGACGACUCGAUAUUACCUACCUAUGGUGGUCUGAUACCGGACGCCGGACGGUACAUGGCGCCGGAGGUCUCCAAGGGCGGCUGGGAGGUCAUCAAGCAGAACCCAACACAUGCAGUGGACGCAUACAACUUCGGUGUCCUGAUCUUCGAGGUGUUCAAUGGGAGCUACAAUAGCAGUGACCAGCUGGGGCAAAUGAAGAGCAUUCCACCAACCAUGCACCAGGCGUACAAACGGUUGCUGAACCCUAGCCCGAAGGCACGCAUGAGUGUUGGUCAAUUUCUCGAUCAGGGGAAGCGCAUAGGGGGCUUUUUUCAGACUCCACUGAUCCAAGUCACCGAAGACAUCGACAAUCUUGGUCUCAAAGCGGAGGAAGAAAGGAAUGAGCUGCUUGGAAAGCUAGAUGAGGUGGCGGAUGAUUUCCCUGCCGACUUUUUCAAGAUGAAAGUCUUGCCCGAACUGCUCAAAUCUGUCGAAUUCGGUGGUGGCGGCGCCAAAGUGUUCAGUACGGUGAUGCAAAUAGGACAGAAGCUCUCUGAUGACGAGUAUGAGACUCAAAUCACUCCGGUCGUUGUUCGAUUGUUUGCAAACCCGGACAGAGGAAUUCGAGUCUGCUUACUGGACAACCUACCCAUGAUGAUCGACCAUCUACCACAGAAGAUUGUCAACGACAAGAUUUUUCCACAAUUGCUAAUGAUCAUUCAGGUCACUGGUUUCUCAGAUGUCGCACCAGUGGUGCGAGAGCAGACAGUCAAGGCUGUCCUCACCAUAGUCCCAAAAUUGUCAGAUCGCAUCAUCAACGGCGAGCUACUGCGACACCUAGCAAAGACAGCGAACGAUGAGCAACCAGGGAUUCGGACGAACACAACUAUCUGUCUCGGAAAGAUUGCAAGGAAUCUAGGGGCCAGCAGCCGGGCAAAGGUUCUGUCAGCCGCCUUCGCCCGCUCCCUUCGUGAUCCCUUUGUUCACGCUCGAAAUGCUGCUCUCAUGGCCCUAGCUGCAACAGCUGAUCUCUUCAGCGAGGAAGACUGCGCAUCCAAGUUACUUCCCAUCAUGUGUCCCUCUCUAGUGGACAAGGAGAAGAUGAUUCGAGAUCAGGCUCAGAAGAGCGUAGACAUCUACAUCUUGCGGAUUCGAAAGUUCGCCGCGACGAUGCCGGAUACUGUACUACCACCGCCUGGCGUGACUGCUGGAGGAGCAGCUGCACCACGAAUGGGAACACCCGCGAAUGAUACAUCCUGGGCCGGAUGGGCUAUUUCGAGUUUCACAAACAAGCUCGCAUCCACAAGUGGCGAUAUCGGGGCGUCUUCCAACACGAAUGGCGCCGCAGAUCAACCGGCAUUCGAUGAUGAAGCAGAAGACUUCAACAACGAUUGGGGAGGUUUCGCCGACGACAACGAGACCACAGGACAAGCAGCUGAGGAAGAGGAAGAUCCUUGGGGUGCACCUUCCGUAUCGAAACCAACGUCAACGACAUCGUACGACGACAAGGGCGAACCGGACUUUGCAGGCUGGUUAGCAGCUCAGUCAGGGGCCAAGAAAACGAUCAAGAGCCCGCUUCCGAAGGGUUUGACAAAGUCAACAGUACCAGGGGCUAAAUCAAACCGGCCGAUCAUUGGUGGGCGGUCGAGUACCACUGGGUCAGCAACGACCACUAGAAAAGUCCUUGUCCCGCCGAAGAAAGAAAUCAAGAAAGAAGAGCCAAAUGCAAAGGAGGAUGAAGAGGAGGGCUGGGGCGACGCAUGGUAG